AUGGCGACCUGUGCUUCCGUGACUGAUGCCAACGUCUGGCCCGGCCUCGAGAACACCACCACGGGCAUCACGGCCUUCUCCAUGCCCGGCUGGCAGCUGGCGCUGUGGGCCACAGCCUACCUGACCCUGGUGUUGGUGGCCGUGACGGGCAAUGCCACUGUCAUCUGGAUCAUCCUGGCCCACCAGAGGAUGCGCACAAUCACCAAUUAUUUCAUUGUCAACCUGGCCCUGGCCGACCUCUGCAUGGCCGCCUUCAAUGCCGCCUUCAAUUUCGUCUACGCCAGCCACAACAUCUGGUACUUCGGCCGUGCCUUCUGCCACUUCCAGAACCUCUUCCCCAUCACGGCCAUGUUCGUCAGCAUCUACUCCAUGACCGCCAUCGCCGCUGACAGGUACAUGGCCAUCGUCCACCCCUUCCAGCCACGGCUCUCAGCCCUCGGCACCAGAGCGGUUAUUGCCGGCAUCUGGCUGCUGGCCCUGGCCCUGGCCUUCCCCCAGUGCUUCUACUCCACCGUCACCAUGGACCAGGGCGCCACCAAGUGUGCAGUGGUCUGGCCCGAAGACAACGGCGGCAAGAUGCUCCUUUUGUACCACCUCGUGGUGAUCGCCCUCAUCUACGUGCUGCCUCUCGUGGUGAUGCUCUUCGCCUACAGCGUCAUCGGCCUCACGCUCUGGAGACGCGAGGUCCCCCGGCACCAGGCGCACGGCGCCAGCCUGCGCCACCUGCAGGCCAAGAAGAAGUUCGUGAAGACCAUGGUGCUCGUGGUGGUGACCUUUGCCAUCUGCUGGCUGCCCUACCACUUCUACUUCAUCCUGGGUAACUUCCAGGAGGAUAUCUACUACCACAAGUUCAUCCAGCAGGUCUACCUGGCACUCUUCUGGCUGGCCAUGAGCUCCACCAUGUACAAUCCCAUCAUCUAUUGCUGCCUCAACCACAGGUUUCGCUCUGGAUUCCGGCUCGCUUUCCGUUGCUGCCCAUGGGCCACGCCAACUGAGGAGGAUAAGAUAGAGCUGACUCACACUCCAUCCCCCUCCGUGAAGGUCAACAGGUGUCACACAAAAGAGACUUUUUUCCUGGCUGGAGACACAGUCCCCUCUGAGGCUACCAAUGGGCAGGCAGGGCACCCCCAAGACAGGCUGCCUCCUGAACCCUGAAGCCUUGUGCCUGGCUGCUGGGUGAGGCUUCGCACCCUUGCAGAAGUAGCCAGUUGGGAGGCCCAGACCUGAAAGUUUGACCCACGCCCCAGCCAUCAGUACAUCAGUGGAAAAACAAGACGGUGUGAGGAGCUCUGCAGUGGCUGUUAACUCUGAGGGCCCAGUCGCCCUUGACCAUGCUUCACAGCAGCCAGUAAGUCAAAGACGACACUGUGAGCCACCACGUACCUGAUCCAGGUGUGGCAAGCUCAGAAGACUUCCUGGAGCAUACAACGUAACAAGUGAACUGGAUCCAGUAUAAAAGAAACACGGCGAAUGUGAUAAAAGGCAACGGACUUCCAGUGGUGGGGUCAUGGGGAGUGCUGGAUACCGUGGCAAACUGGAGGGCAAAGGGGACAGUAGCUGAUCGGCUCCGGACAAAUGUCUCCAUGGGGGCCCACUGUUGCCAGAUCUUCUAAAUCUUUCAAGACACACCAGAAAUCCAAAUUUGUGAGACUUCCAGACUUGCACGAUUUGGCUCACAGUUUUAUAAAUAUUGGUCAAACCAAACCAAACACCCAGGGGCAGCACCCACUGGUUUAUUAUCAGGCUACAGACACGGGGAGGAAGCAUCUGCUUUUGCAAAGCCUGUGAGGGAACCUGACCGGGGCUUCUCUGCUUCAGCAUGAGCUCAGGUCCAGCUCCGUGGACAUGGUGGUUCAGAGUCAAAGGAGCCUCAGCCGUGUUGCCUCCGACACGUCACUAUAAACUAGCAUGCCAGACACGGGAAGUGGGGCGCAAAGAGCCACCACGAUCUUUAUCAACACCAAGCCAGCCGUUUCACACGAAGGCCCCCAGGAAGUGAGCACCAGCCGGCACCCUCACCGCAGCAGCAAGAAGGUGAUGGGCAGAGAACGCCGGCCAUCUCGACUCCCGGAGAGCUCCCAGCCCGGCCACCCUUCCCCACC